AUGCCUGAAUUUUCCAGUCCCACAAAAGAAUUCUUCCGUUUGCUCGGUCCGUUCGCAGAAGCGGAGGCAAAGAUAGAGACCGCGUCACCUUCUGAACGGAUCUCACNACUGCUCAUGGCCCCGGAAAAAUUCAUGCCUGGAGGAAAGUUUGACGUUUGGGAAUCGCAGCAGCGACCUGAGGAAAGCCUGAUGGACUGUAUGGGGUCCGUGCGGCGCCGUGCUCGGUUGGCAUACCUUAUGUACACAGUCGAGGAACGUAAUUCACAUCUUCUGGAUCGAUUUCUGGCUGAGCUCCGUGAAAACAGAGCCAAAGAUGAGCGACAGUUACGGCCACCAAAAGACCUUGCAGCCGAAAAAUCAAUUGCCGGGAUCUUGGACUGGAACGGGCAAUGUAAAAAGCGAGCACAAGGAGUUUUCUCUGCACGUUAUAGACAAAAACGAAGAGCACCAACCAAAGAAAAUGGUGAAAGCAAAUCCCCAACGGUGCCCACAUGCCACAUCAAUCUACAAUUCGGAAAUACCUCGCGAACUUGCGGGGAGCGAGGAGGAUCGAGUAAGUCCAUAAUGUAA